AUGAACCAUAGUCCUCCUAAUACCCACCCAGUGCUGGGCUCCACCGGCGCCUCCCAUUCCGCAUUGAGAGGGUCGGUUGGCGGAGGUCGCCAGAUUACCCGAAAUCGUGCGAGCUAUAGCUGCCACACCUGCCGGCGCCGGAAGGUCAAAUGUGAUAAGACACAUCCGAUAUGCGGGAAUUGCGCGAAGAAUAACUCCGAGUGCAUAUACGAUGUUUCGCUGCAGAAGGACGAAGAUGCGCGCGACGAUAAUGCUCAGCCAGCGCAUGGCACCAAGAGAAGGCGCAAGACUCCCCGGUCGCUGGAAGACGAUGUGGACGAACUGCACUCAAUAUACGGACACCUGAAGCAGACGGAAUUUGACACAGGGGAGAAGCCCGAUUCAAGCGCCAUUGAAUCGCGGCUGCAUAAACUUAUGUCAAUGAUCGAGCGUCUCGGAGAGAAAGACCAGGCAGUCGACGCUGUGGGGACGCAAGAGACCAACUCGGAGAUCAAAGUGGAGCCCCGGCAGUUGGACGAGCUACGGCAAAAUAGUCAUCUCAAUGGAAGUGGAGCUGUACAGAGAGCCCCAAGCCCACGCCGACUCGCUACGGAUUCAAGCGGCGAUGAAUUCCCAAUCCCGUCUGGGCAAGCUACCGAUUUGGUCGAUCCAGUUGGCAGUCUGAAUAUUGGUCAUUUAAGCUUAGAGGAUGGAGGAAGGUCACGGUCAAUCAAUGAGCUAAACCAAUUGCUCCGCGAUCAAACCCACUCGCAUGAUCAGCCAGGCCCCAGCAAAACCGAAGACGAAUCAAUGGAUCCAUUGGCCAACGGCGCACAUCCAUGGAGAGAAUCAUUGAGCAGCCCGACACCCUCAACCACAUCCCGAUCACGCUCCUUCCAUCAAUCGAUAGUUUUUCCAUCUGGCGAUUCACCCGCGUCAAAUGAGAAGGAAGUCGAGCCUGAAAUGCUCGAUCAUAUUCCCACAAGGCGCCAGAGUCAUAUCCUUUACAAGGGAUUCAUGUCCGGCGUACAUGCCAUUAGCCCUGUCCUCCACCCACCCACCAUUCUCAAGCUUUAUAACUCCUUUUGGGAUUGGUUUGACUACAGCAGCUACUCCGGCGAACCUUACCCCAACCCUUCCUUUAUCCCAUUACUAUACGCCAUCUGGUAUGGUGGCUCAGUCACCGUUUCGAUUCGGACUAUCAAAGCCGAAUUCAAUGCCUCCUCACGAUCCGCCUUAUCUACCACAUACAGUGAAGAAGUCACAAGGUGGUUGACCAAAAUCAAGUUCCCGCGCAUUCCUACACUUCAAGGGCUUGCUGCGUAUCUUAUUGUACAAACGAUUGUGUCCAAAGAGGAAGAACCCCUGGCGAGCAGUCUUUUCGUGAGUCUGGCGAUGAGAGUGGCUCAAACGAUGGGCUUGCAUCGAGACCCGGCAAAAUUCGGCAUCGAGCCUUGCGAAGCAGAGUAUAGACGCAGGCUGUGGUGGCAUAUCAAGCACAUGGAUGGAGUGAUCGCCAUGUCUAGUGGCUUGCCUCCCAUGGUUCCCGACGAGACCUAUUCGGAUGUGCAUGAGACCAGUGAAAUCAAAGAUACAUUACUGGGCAGCCAUGCGGCAAAGUUAUAUGAGCAGCAGGUGGCAUCUGGAAGUCGAUUACCCGACAAUCCAGAUGAUCCAAAUGUUUGCGGGGGGCCAUCCAUGGUCAAUGUCUAUUACUUAACCGCCAAAGGAAAAUAUGUCAUGGCCUGCGCUGUUCGUCGUAUCUUGAAAAUACAACUGGGCACCAAGCCCCUCACUCGACAAGAUAUGGAAGAGCUUCGGUCCAUUCUCUUGGAUCUGCAAUUGAAACUUAAUUCAAUUAUAGACAGGAUACCGGAGAGCAAAGACGUUGCCCAAUCUUCCUCUGCAUCCGGGCGAGCUAUGUCAAUGUCAAAGUCGCCAGUGGAUGGCCGUUCAUCCGACACAGAGCUUCCCGGAGAUGGUCCGACUGGGUGUUCAGAGCAAUACCAUUCGCCCGUCCUUGUUUGCUUCCACAAAUGGGCCAAAAUACUUCUAUCUUUGUAUAUUGACAAAGCAUUCUGUGUUGCCUAUCAACCAUUUCUCAAAAAUGCUCGCAGCCGAAUUUGGCCUGCGGCACGACAAAGUGCACUUCGUCAUUGUCAUGGGUUUAUGAAAAAGUUCAUCCAGCUUGCGACGGAUCCUGACUUCCAACCCUUCCACUGGAGUUGGCCUGGCAAUCAUCAGCCGAUGCAUGCUACGAUGAUCAUGCUUGUUGAUUUAUACGAGCGACCUUAUAGUUCUGAGGCAUCCAAGUCUCGUGCAUUGAUUGAUCGAAUUCUUGCUCUCUCCGGUCCCGACGGAGGUGUCGUGGGUGGUGAAGAUGGCAUCUCUACACAACGUCCGCUGAAAGACGGUGGCCGUGAGGCAUGGGACAUGAUCCGUCGCCUUCGCCAAAAAGCUUGGCAGAAAGCUGGCCUCGAUCCUCGCAUGCUCUGGACUGAAAAGGAUCAAAUUCACGCCGGGGUUGCUUCCUUAGCUAACCCCUGCACCGACGACAGCCCUCGCUCGGAUCCUGCAGCCGCUAGUGCCCGAAGUCCCUUGCCUCAUCACCAGCCUAAUGACUUCAAUAAAAGAUUCUACAACAUCACACGCUCCCACAAAUUCAUGGAUCCCGCCACUCCGCCUCUUGCGAACAGUCCCCUCCAACAACAAUAUCAAGCUCAUGACCGGCACGCACUACCGACUCUACCAAGCCUACAAUUCGACCCUUCAUCCUCCAAUGAACCUAUCCGUGCUGUGAAUUUGCAAGCAUCGGCUCCCGUUUCUAGCACACUCGGAGUGCAAUCGUUCGCACAGCCUUCCGUUCCCCUCUUUCCACCAAAUGCGAACCCCAUUUCAGGUCUGGAUGUACCUUCCGGCCUACCAUUCAUGAGCCCCUCUUCACCCAAUACACUAGCCAUGGGUGCCCCAACACCGCCCAGCAUGGUCGAUCCUAAUCUCAACUUCGAUUGGGAUCAAUGGGACGCUGUAUUUGGACAGCAUCUCCCUGUCUCGGACGAUCUUAUGGAACUGGACCCUGUUGCUGGUCUUGAUUUCGCGAACAUCGCCGCCGCCCCGGUCCACAACAUGGCUGGCGGGGCGGACAUGAGUGGUGUUUAUGCAGAUCCUCGUCCAGAUUUCUCUCCGAGUGAUGCGCAGCUUGCGCAUAGUACGGCUGACUGGCCUGCGAACUACCGAUAA